UAUAUUUUAAAAUAGUUAUGAAGAAUGGGUGUUCUAUAUAAAAGGUGCCUAUUAAGAGGGCGACUAACAAUAGAAGCAUUUGGAGGAUUCGUGACCGUACCAGACUAGUCCAAGGAAGGAGUUUGGCGGGAGUAUUCUGUUUAGAAAUUAAAUGGAAGUUCGUUGUAGCCGGAGAGUGGAAUGACAGAUAUGAAGUUUACGGAAGUUUUUAAGGUUUCUCGCCCGUUAGCGAAAAUUUCAAAAAAUGGACAAUUUCUGGCUUAUGUUAUAUCAAAUCGGUGUGUAGUAAGAAGAGUUAAAACAUUGGAUGUUGAGCAUAUAUUUGUAUGUGUAGACAUUAUAGAAAAAAUAAAAUGGUCACCUGAUUCAUGCUAUAUACUAUGUGGUGUUUUAAAAAGAAAUAUUGUACAGGCUUGGUCUAUAGAAGAACCUAGAUGGACUUGUAAAAUUGAUGAAGGAUCAUUUGGAUUAAUUGAUUUAUGCUGGAGUCCGGAUGGUCGACAUAUUUUAACCACAGCAUCAUAUCAUAUGAGAAUAACUGUAUGGUCUCUUGUUUCGAAAACAGUGUCAUAUUUAAAAUACUGUAAAGCAGCUAAUCCUGGAUUGUCAUUUCGGCAAGAUGGGAGAUUUCUGGCAUUAGCAGAAAGACGCGAUUGCCGGGACCAUAUAAGUAUAAUAGUAUGUUCUACCUGGCAGCUUGUUAAGCAUUUUGAAACAGAUACUAAAGAUUUAGCUGGCAUUUCUUGGUCACCGGAUGGAAUGGUCCUUUGUGUUUGGGAAGCUUUGACAGAAGAUUAUAAAGUUCUAAUUUAUUCAUUGGAUGGCUUUUGUUUAAUGACAUUCAAAUCUUAUUCCUGGGCUCUUGGUAUUAAAUCAGUUGCUUGGUCUCAUACAGGACAAUUUCUUGCCAUAGGAAGCUAUGAUCAAAAAGUUCGUCUUUUAAAUAGAAUUACAUUUAAAGCAUGGGCAGAAUUUGGUUUUCCUUUUAAAAUUACUACAGAUAUGGUUGUCUACAAAGAAAGACCUUUAAUAUCGGAUCCAAAUACAGAUUCAAUUUUUGAAGGCCGUAGCAAAUAUGAAAUAAUUACAGAACGUCCAGUUAAUGUAUCACUGAAACCUCUUGAUUGCAGCAAACCUGAUAGACAUGGAGUGGGCACAAUAAAAUUCAGUUCAGAUUGCCAUUAUUUAGCAAUGAUUAAUGGUUAGUUUGUUAAUAAAAUAUGCUAUUUAAUUUCUAAAAAGACUGUCCCGCAUAGUUACA